UAUCAGGGACGCCAUUGUAGCGUCGCGAAUGAAAGAAAUAAAAAAACACAACUGCUUGGAAUAUUUGUGAUUUAAGUUGGCGAUAAAUAAAUAAAUAAAUACCUUCCCAAUUGAGAGAGAAAAUCUUUGAUAUUACAUUACCGAAACGUGAAAUUAACGGUGGAACAUAAUGAGUUCGGGCGGUAUGUUGUAUGGUGGUGAUGAAAUUGGUGCAUUGGUUUUUGAUCCCGGUCAUCAUUCACUUCGUGUUGGUUACGCUCAAGAAGAUGCACCAAAAGCUGAAAUUCCUGCUGUUGUUGGCGUUGCACCGGGUGAUACUGCUGCAACUGCAGCCACGAAUGCUGGUUUAGAUAUUGAAACAAAAGCAAAUAACAAUAAUGUGACAUCAAGCGGAAAUAAAUAUAUAGUCGACACUACAUUUGUAAAUGUAGCCCGUGCAAAUAUGGAAAUUCAAACAUAUAUGAAAGAUGGUAUGAUCGAUAAUUGGGAUCUAUUUGAAAAGGUUCUCGAUUAUACUUACACCAAAGUUAUACAGUCCGAAUCACAAUAUCAUCCAGUAUUAUUCUCGGAGUGUUCAUGGAAUGUUCGUUCAAAUCGUGAACGUCUUACCGAAUUAAUGUUUGAAAAGUACAAUGUUCCCGCAUUUUUUGUCGUUAAAAAUGCUGUUCUUGCAGCAUUUGCCAAUGGACGAGCAACAGCAUUGGUUGUUGACAGUGGCGCUACGCAUACAUCGGCUAUUCCAGUUCAUGAGGGAUAUGUUUUAACACAAGCUGUAGUGAAAUCGCCUCUCGGAGCAGAUUAUUUAUCGUUGCAAUGCCGUCAACAUCUCGAGACUCAAGGAAUUGAUUUAACGCCAGCAUAUAUGAUUGCCAAUAAAGAAUCAGUGCGUGAACGCGAACCACCAAGGUUUACAGUAAAAAAACUUCCAGACAAUUUGACAAAUUCAUGGCAACAGUACAUGUUGAAGGGUUUAAUGCAAGAUUUUCAAAUGUCAACAGUGCAAGUACUUGAAGUGCCAUACGACGAACGUACAGCUUCUCAAAUUCCAUCCGUACAUUAUGAAUUUCCCACCGGUUACCAUCAAGAUUUCGGUUGUGAACGCUUUAAAUUGGCCGAAAGUCUUUUCGAUCACACUAUGCUCGGAGCUGGCCAAUUAGCAUCAACUAGUGUUGGCAUGUGUGAUACAGAUGUUCGUAUGUCAUUAUACGGUUCCGUUGUUAUCACCGGUGGAAAUUCACUAUUACAGGGAUUUCCUGAACGUUUGAGCCGAGAUUUAUCACUCCGUGCUCCAUCUCAAGUUCGCUUGAAAUUGAUUGCCGCCAACGGUUCUGUUGAGCGACGUUUUGGCGCAUGGAUUGGUGGUUCUAUUUUGGCUAGCAUUGGCACAUUUCAGCAAAUGUGGAUAUCGUCACAGGAGUAUGAAGAGUCCGGAAAAGGUCAAGUGGAAAGAAAAUGUCCAUAAUAAACGACGAUAUAUAUUGGUGACAACAAUUUCUCUCAAAUUCACUUUGCCGACUAAACUUAUUUCUGCAUUUGAGCUAUUUUUCUCGAUAAUUGAACACAAACCGCAAAACCUGUAAUUUUAAUUAAUGAAACAAAUCAAUAAGAAAUAAACAAAAUAAUGAUAAAUGACAAUGACGUAAAA